GAAAAUUCCACUUGUACGGGAUAAAUGGGACCAUGAUUUUAUUGUAAUUUUGCGUGACUAGCCUCAAUCAAGCCUCCCUUUCCCUUGCAUUCCAUGUGCUGUUCUCCAAAGCAGUGGCAGGCUUACAAGAAUUGUAGAAUCAAACACGGGUCCACUAGGUUUCUGCAGUAUAGUGGCUCUUCAGCAUAAUUCCACAGAAUCUGUUAGUGGCCACAAGCAUAGAAUCCUUACGUGGUUGACCCACUUGCAGUAGCCACUUUAUUCCAAACUGAAAAUAAUCUCCACCACUACUUGUAGUUAAUCCAUAACUCAGUAUAAAUAGGCUCAUUUUGCUCCAUUGUAUCAGCUCAAACUUUGUUAGAACAAAACUUUUGUGAACUUCUUGCAUAUUAACCAUGCUGGAAGGCAAGGCAGUCAGAGAGACUGAUAUGCUUCAAACCAUGCAGCAGGAUGCUCUUCAUCUAGCCGCAAAAGCCCUCGACUUCUUCGAUGUCACUGAAGCUACUGAGAUAGCUCGCUUCAUAAAGAAGGAAUUUGACAGAACAUAUGGACCUCGGUGGCAAUGCAUUGUUGGAACUGAUUUUGGUUCAUUUGUGACACACUGCUCUGGCUGCUUCAUUUUUUACGUUGGCAGCCUCGCAAUUUUGCUUUUCAGGGGUUCUUCUGUUCCAGAAGCUGAGCCAAACCAGUUUUCUGCUUUCGAGACAAUGAAAGCAUAGCAUUUACUUAUAUUUCUUUACUUCUUGUACCAACUUUAGUUGUGUAGUUCAGAAAUAUAUAUUUUCAUUAAAAUUAAAGCAUAGAAGCAAAGAAGGAAGAGUUUCAACUUCAGCAAUCUGUGUUUUUCCCUUUUAUUCUCCACUUUCUUUCUCAUUGCCUUUAUUGGCAUAGGAUUGUGCAUCAGAAGUAAUUUGUGCAGAUGAGAUACUCUUAAUUACCAGAUGAUUACAAGUAUUUAUGCUUGUAAUCAUUUCAUCGAACAACGCAAGACAUAAAAUCCAGGCCAGGAAAGUUAAAUUCCAGGUUUAGGCUAUGGCCUAGCCAAUUCAGUAAUCUUGGAGAAUAUUAAGUUAGAAGCAGCAUUCAUUAAAUAACUAUGGCAAGCCGUGGAAAUACAAUGAUGGACUUCUAAAUGGAGGAAUUGCAGAGGCUGUUUCUUUUCCUAGGAGAUGAAGAAAAUAUUGGUUUCCCAGCAAUGAAUCAUAUCCAUUUAUCUAAAAAAAAAAGCAAAAUGCAGUUUUUAAAUGUGGAUAAGAAAGUGUCCAGGUCUCAAAUUUAUCAACCAUAGAAUCUAUUUCCUCAUUUCCUGAAGUAAAUGCAUGGUAGUA